AUGUACCAUGACGGCCCAGCCGGACUUGAAGUCGCUUUUGAUCCGUCCCAGCGCCUUCAAAAGGAGCCACUUCACGUGUCCCUCCGAGUCCUGACGCGGUUCGGAUCGUGGACCCCCGAAGUGCACGCUCGGCUUCAGCGCAGUCGCUCUGUUUCCGCUGCCGGUUCUGGUGGACCGGGCAGAUCGGGGCUCCGGGGCCGUGGGGCCUUGAGUGUAGCGGUCUUUUUGACCCCCCCUCCCACCGCUCCCUCUGGCAGCAGCAACAGCAACAGCAACAGCAACAGCAGCCACCGUUUAACCACAUGUGGCCUCGGCGGUAUCUGCUUGCUGAGGCGUGCACCUCGAACCCAACGGUACGGACGGAUGGACGGCCGGCCGGGUGAUGAGCAGAGCGGGGCCAAAGUCGACUUCCUCGGCCCGCAGAGAACGAGAGAGAACAGGGUGCACACACACACACACACGCACACCCACAUAGACCGAGAGGUGAUGAUGGGAGAUUUGACUUGCACACCAUUGGGCGAAAAACGGGCAGGGGAGUCGGACUCUCGCCUCAACUGUCCGGCCGCCCCUGCUUCCGAGGGAGGCCUGGAGACUCACAGACCAUGCGACCCGGCAACUCCUGACGUACACAGACACGCAGAAAGACACAGACAACACACAUGCGGCGGGUCGGUGUGA